CUCGGAAAUACUACUUCUCAUAACAAACUAAAUCUUUUUUCACCACACAUCAACCCCUCAAACACAAUCAUCAUGUCCGGAAACUCCAGCGUCGGAACCAGCCAGGUCUACGAGGCCGGCGACCAGCGUAACUACUCGGAGGCCGAGAAGAAGGCCCAGGAGGAGGCCAACAGGUUCCACGAGGGCAAGAAGAACUCGCACAAGGCCAACGACCCCAAGGACGAGCGCUCCAUUGCCAACAGGCUCGAACGCGAGACCAAGCGUGAGGGUGAGGAGGACGACCUUGACAUCGAGGAUGCCCGCCGCAAGCAAGACGCCACACUGCCUGCCCGCGCACACGGCAACGAGCCGUCCAAGGGCGCGAAGCUCGACCAGGAGCUCCGGGAAGAGGAGGAGGCUGAGUUGAAGGCCAAGGGCAAGGCUUAGGUGCUUGAUGUGUUGAUACCCUGUGUAUGAGAAUGGAGGCGCAAAAGCCUACCCUG